UUUCUCUAACUUUCCGGUUUUAAAGGGGGACGAGAAGAAAGAGGAUAUUUCUGGGACUAUUUUUUAAAUCAUUUGCUAUAAAUAUGACAGUAAGCCAGUCUUAGAGCACACACAGCAACAGUAACAUUUAAUUGUGAUCUCUGUUGAUCAAAGCUGCAGCACUUGGGAGUAGAAAGAAACUGAGCAUUUUUGACAUUCAACUUAGGCAACAAAACCAACUCAACCAUCUAUAUUUGUACAUUAACAAAAAGACAGUCAGAUAUGGCAGAAGCACUAGCAGCAGAUAUCAAAGAGAAUAUCUUAACAUGCAGUAUUUGUCUGGGAGAGUACGAGGACCCCCGUGUGCUGCCUUGCUACCAUACAUUUUGCUAUGGUUGUAUAUCCGACCAUGCUACGCAUAGUCAAAAUCCAAAUAGGACAUUUUUGUGCCCAAGUUGCAGAGAAGAGAUCUCGUUUCCAGCUGGUGGACUUAAUCAACUAAAAAAGAAUUUCGUCUUAAGCAAGACCAAGGAUAUCAUAACCAAGCAGCAAGUUGGACAGACAUUAGAAGAGGAACAGACCAAAGUAGCAGCAGUGACACAAGCCAUUGAACAGAUGACCAUCUGUUGUAAGAAACAUCCUAAAAAUGAAUUUAAAUAUUGCUGUGAAGAUGAUAAUACAGUUAUAUGUGAAAAGUGUUUAGCAAAAGAACAUGGAGGACAUCGUAUUUCAUCAGUUAAGCAAGUUACAAUGGAGAAAACACCUGUCCCAACUCCAGACACACCUGCAAAAAUAUCUUACAGCCCAGGUAAGAUACCUGCUGCUGGACGGGAAGCCAUGUUAGGGCAGGUCACAGUACAGUCACAGUCUCCAUUAGCUGGACAGGGAACAAAUCCAACGUCAGCACCUCAUCCUGUUUUCUUAGAGAAGGUAAAGUGUGUAUAUUCUUUUAGUUCUAAGCUAAAGGAUGACACACGAAUCAUCAUAAUGGGGUUAGCCGCAGAUGGGACACACGUCUUUGCUUUGGAUUUUUCCAGUGGAAGAACAAAAAAGUUCACAAAUGCUGGAGAUUUCAUGCAUGUCUUUGCAGUAUACAAACCAUACGAUUUGGCUUUAUCCCAGACUGGUCGCCUGUAUAUAUCAUCACAUGGGUCAGUUGACAAGUGUGUCCAAGUGUACUCCACCGCAGGUGAGUACCUAACAUCCAUGGGCUGUGGUGUGCUACAGAAGCCAUGGGGUGUUACACUGAACAGACAAGGUCAUGUCAUGGUUUGUGAUGGAGGAAAGAAGUCCAUCUUCACAUUCCAUGCAGACAGUGGGGAGCUCCUGAACACUAUUCCACUGAGUAUGUGUAAAAUACCAGCAUACAUCACAGUAAACAGUGUGAAUGAUAACAUUGUAAUAUCAGACAUGGACUGGGACAAACCCUGUGUACAUGUGCUGUCACCUACUGGCGAUCAGCUGUACCAGUAUGGCGGCACACAAGGCAGUGGUGAUGGUCAGCUGAAAAUUCCACAGGGAGUGUGCACAGACAGCUAUGGUCACAUCUUCAUUGCUGACACUGCUAACCACAGGAUAGUGGCAUUGAGUUCACAGGGGCAGUUUAUCAGAUACAUUGCCACUAAGGAUGAUGGGUUAAAGCUUCCUGUAGCAUUAGCCAUCAAUCCUGCAGGGCAGCUGGUAGUGGCGGAACAAUGGGGCACAGUUAAGACAUUCCAGUACUUACAGUAA